CAGCCCAUCCCCCAGGCAGCAGCCAAUGAGACGCGCGCUUGCUCUCAGGUGGGCGCGGCCUCCACUGGCCAAUGGGCGCUCGUGGCAGAGGCCCGAGGGCGGAGAGCAGAGGCCGGAGGGCAGGCCGGCAAGCCGCAGAGGCGGGGGCGCUCGGCGGUUCCCUGCUACGCUAUCAAAUGAUGGUGCUUGGAAAAAUUUCGAGGCAGCUGUGCAGCUUAAAGAAACUCCCAUGGUCAUGUGACUCCAGAUACUUCUGGGAAUGGUUGAAUACAGUGUUUAAUAAAGUGGAUUAUGAACGAAUCAGAGAUGUUGGCCCUGACAGGGCAGCAUCUGAGUGGCUACUUCGCUGUGGGGCCAUGGUGCGCUACCAUGGCCAGGAGAGGUGGAUGAAGGACUAUAACAAUCUUCCAGUGGGCCCUCUGGACAAAUACAAGAUUCAAGCCAUCGAUGCCACUGACUCUUGUAUCAUGGGCAUUGGAUUGGAACACAUGACAGGCCUAGAGCAUGUUGAAAAAAUAAAACUAUGCAAGUGUCAUUAUAUUGAAGAUAAGUGUUUGCAGAGGCUUAGUCAACUUGAAAAAUUACAAAAAAGCCUACUGGAACUGGAAAUAAUUUCCUGUGGGAAUGUCACGGAUAACGGCAUCGCUGCUUUGCGUCAUUUUAGAAACCUCAAGUAUUUGUUCUUAAGUGAUCUUCCUGGAGUAAAAGAAAAGGAGAAUCUUAUCCAAGUCUUUAAGACAGCACUGCCUUCUCUAGAAUUCAAAGUAAACUUGUAAAAUAUGCUAGAUAUCACUUGGGAAGUAGAGGCAGGAGGCUCAGGAGUUCAAGGCCAGCCUGGACUACAUGAGACCCUAUCUAAAAGAAAAAAGAAAAAAAGGAGAAAGAUAUCCUUGUAGCCAUUUACUCAACAAAAAGUUUACAUGGUCUAAGUGUGGCAUAAGCCUAUGAAAGCACUCAGGAUCAUGAGGUUGAAGAAUCAAAAAUUCAAAGCCAGCCCAGGCCAUAGCA